AUGUCCUCAUCCAGCGAUGACGACGAAGUGGAAUCCGUCGCACCAAUCGAGCUGAGCGAAUAUGAGACCGAUUUUGACCGUGAAUCUGAUCUUUUCUACGAUUCUAAUUAUGAAUCCGAGACGGAAUCUGAACGGGCAAAUAAUCCUGUGACUUUGCAAGCCACGAUGUCAGGCCCGAGCUGCGGUCUGUGCAGAUUCGAAUUCGAAGUUGACGAGGAAUUUGUUGUUUACAAUCCGGUCAGUGAACGCUACCCUCGCAUUUGGUGCGGCGAGUACGUUCCUGGGUGCGAGAAGUUCUUUGCGAUAGAGCUUGGAUUCCACCACGGCUGUGUCGCCCUACUAAAGCCCAAGACUUUGGCCAAGGACUGGACGCACAAUCUUUCACAUGCUACAUCUGGUCCACAGGAUCAUUAUCUGCCUCCUGUGUCUUGGACUAAGCGUCGCGCACAGUGGAUCAGAGACUCAAUUGCUGCCGACCUAACACAAGCUAUCCAUGGUCGUCUCCCACAAGAAAUAUGUCAAUAUAUUGCGAGUUUCUGUAUCCGCGAACGCGCAUGCCUCAUUCUUCGAGAUCUAUCCCUUUCGACCCGUCGUCUCACGGAACAGGAUACCUUGGUCUACAAGGCCAGAUACAGGAAGCAGAGCGCUCGCAACAGACCUGAAGCUUGCUUAAACAUCUAUUACUCUGAGGAUCACGGGGGAAUCCGUCAAGUGAUCAUCACAGAAGACAAUGAGAUGCCCACUUUGAACAUGGAACCCGGUCUCUCGUGGUCCAUCCAUCGUCACCAAAAGACGCCACUGCGAGUCAAACAAGAUUACAAAUACACCAGGCUACGCUCUCUGAGGUUCUCCCCAACUCCUCAGUUUGACGAGACGUACGAAGAAAGAGCUUGGGGAGUUCUUCCAAAAGACUUUGAUUCCUUUCCGCAAAUUCCCCUUCCAAAGUAUUUACACGCCAAUGACCGCAACUACUACGAAUCUGUUCGUGCUGUAGACUGGAACUCUCCAGGCAUCUGCGGUUACUCCUUUUGCGUGCAUGAGAAGCUGGUUCGAGGCAUAGUUGCGCACAAACUUGGAGAACCAGAACCAAAGGCGAGGGAUGAGUACAGCAAAGCUGAAGAGCUAUGGUUUCACAUGCCAAUCGAUCCCGAUGAAAGGGUCUCUGAACUCUGGCUUCGCAAGGGAACGGAUCCAAUGGUUGCGAGGAGACAGAUCGAUACACUCAUAGUUCGAACUAACAAGGGGCGUACCUUCACCCCUGGGCUCGAUACUUGCUGCAGCGUUCCUGUGGGUGGAGCUCUCAAGUUCACAGCGAAUUGGUUGUGGGAAUACCUCGUGUUCGAGCAGGAACCUGACCUCGGUAACAAGGGUGGUGACCUUCAAGGCGUGGUUGCAUGGGAUCAACAUGAGAUGCAAUAUUCAUUCCCUCCCCCUACUGGGCCGAUUAUCUACCUCGAAAGAUGUAUCAAAACAUCGGCGAGUUUGAGCGACGUCAGGACCGUCGCCCCAUGCCGAGAGUGGUCGGCCACAUUCCAUGGUGAAGUCGUCGGGCUGUUACUGACAUACUGUGAUGGCCGUCGACGAUCCGUUGGGCAUGUGCGUCUUGAUUGCCUGGAACCCGCCUUUUCAGUCUCCUCCUCGGAUUGUUUCUGGCUUGGCUUUGCGAAGCACCUCAAUGAAGAUUCUGAAUAUCUCCCAUGGUAUCUGAAGGUCACCAGCUUCGGAUUGUCUGAGCCGCUGCCGAAUAGUUCUACUACGUACAUCAAAGUCCCCUUUAGCGGAAGACUCGAGUGGGCAUCUUGUGGCUGGAUCAGUGCUGUCCGACAUGUUGAGGAAGGGGAGCCAUGCGAUGAUGAGAUCAGCCAAGUUAUGGCCGGUCAAAAGGGAGUUUUGGAGUACGCCAGCCCAGAGAUCAAGACAUUUGCUGUGCCAAUCCGUGUCAGGGAGAACAACCCUCGAUAA